CUUCAGUUCAUAGGUGUGUGAAGAGGAAUGAUAUAAAGAGACACUCAAAUGCAAUGAAGCCUUUAUUAACUGAAAAAUCCCCUCAGCAAAGCGUCUCCGCAGGACGCAUCUCCGCCGGAUCCAUGGAAGUCUCCACAGUGGCUCCAACUUCUUCGACCAUGGCGCCAGUCACAUCAGCCGCCACCGACGCAGCCGUAGUCAUCACCAGCGCCGCCACUCCUCUGACCGCGCCGCCGCAGGUGACUCCCUCGCCAGCCUCUUCUUCCUUCAUCGCUGACAUUCCCGGUGCCUACUCACUGUUUCAGACUCUUCAUCCGGGAAUUCCGUGGCAGCCAUCUGCCAUGCCAGCGGCCCUAGGCCUCUACACACCACCCUUCUCGGCUGGAUCAUCGUUUGCCGGUCCCACUUUUGUUGGCUCACCUGGUGUCUCCUCUGUCAUCCCUCCCUCUCGCACACCAGCAGUCAUCCCGACUGGCUCACUCCUCACAGAUCUCGCCCAGAGUAUCUCACAUGUGGCAACUAAUGUCACAAAUAUUGUAACUACCAAAUUAUUAGCGGUGGAAGACUACACUACCUGGCGUACACAGUUCGAAUCGUUUUUGGUGUCCCAAGCUCUCCUUGGCAUGGUUGAUGGCUCCAUUCAGGUACCCCCUGCUUAUUCCAUAGAUGCUCUUAACCGUAAAAUUCACAAUCCCGAAUUUUCUACUUGGUUAAGAAUUGAU